AGCAUUGCGAAGCAAGCCUCUAUUGCCUAUCUACCUCCCGUUCGCGCGUCAACGACUGAAUCAGCCGCAUUCAAGCACAGCCCCGACAAAGUCACCACCAGCCUCCUCCUUAGCAUUCGUAAUCGCAAUCAUGGCUACCACGAAACCCCCUUUCGGUGUCUACACACCACUAGUAACCUUUUUCAAAGAGGAUGAAUCUCUGGAUCUCGAUGCCAUUAAAGCCCACAUCAAGCGCAUGGCUGAGGGUGGUGUCGCUGGUCUUGUUCUGCAAGGCAGUAAUGGCGAGGCGCCCCAUCUGGAUCAUGGUGAACGCAUAAACAUCAUUCAAACAACCCGAAGCUAUCUCAACGAACUCGGUUUUACAACAGUUAAACUGAUCGUGGGUUGUGGUGCGGCCAGUGUCCGUGAGACCCUAGUCCUGAUCUCAGAAGCAAGUCAAGCUGGAGCUGAUUAUGCGCUGGUGCUACCACCCGCAUAUUGGACGGCAGCAAUGACCCCAGCCGUUGUAGAGAACUUCUUCAGUUCAGUGGCAGCGGAAGCCAAAAUCCCUCUCCUCAUCUAUAAUUUCCCCGGAGUCACUUCGGGAAUCGACAUAUCUUCAGACUCCAUCGUCCGCCUUGCGAAGUCUAAUCCUGGCAAAAUUGUCGGAUGCAAACUCACUUGCGGAAACCUGGGGAAACUGCAGCGGGUCUGGUCUUGCCUACCUGAAGAUUCGUUCGCAGCCUUCGCUGGCAAGUCUGACUUUAUGCUGCCAGGCUUGGUAGCGGGAUCUAACGGCGUUAUUGCUGCCCUCGCAAACGUAGUUCCGGCACUACACGUGAGAUUGCUUAACCUGUGGCAGGAUGGAAAGCUGCAAGAAGCCAGACAGCUACAGUCCAAGUUAAGUAAUGCCGACGGAGCUUUGCAAAAGGUUGGAGUGGCUGGCGUCAAGGCAGUGAUAUCGCAUUUCUUUGGAUACGGAACAGGACGAGGCAGGAGACCAUUGGGUACUACUACUGUACAAGCCUUGAAUCGAGAGAUUCUUGAGCCAUUAGAGGACGUGAUUCAGCUCGAGAAGAAACAGCGUUCACGGUUAUCGAGGAUCUAAUUCUUAAGCGUUAUCUGCAUAGGGCCGAACAACAUCGUAUGUUAGAUUAGAUGAGAUUUGUUAGGUUAUGUAUGUCUAGAUUAUCAAAAGAGUAGCCGC